CUCACCUCUUUCAGCACUAGACGCCUUUUCCCACACCACAAGCCUCAAUUUAAGAGAGGGAGAGAGAGAUAAGCUUCUUUUUUUUUUCUCUGUAUGGGAUGGAGGCGAACAACCAAAACGACACCGUUGCGCCGUUCGUGAUGAAGACUUUUCAGAUGGUCAACGAUCCGACGACAGACGAUUUAAUCGCCUGGGGAAACGCCAACAACAGUUUCAUCGUCGCCGAUCCUCUGGAACUCUCACGCCGAAUUCUUCCCUCUUACUUCAAACACAACAACUUCUCCAGUUUCGUUCGUCAACUCAACACUUAUGGAUUCAAGAAGGUGGACCCAGAUAAAUGGGAAUUUGCGAGCCACUGGUUUCUCCGAGGUCAGAAGCAUUUACUGAAGAACAUUUCGAGGAGAAGACACAAUCGGAAUUCGUAUUUUCAAGUGAAAUGUGAAGACGACGAGGAAUUGGCGAUGGAGAUUGCGAAGCUGAAGGAGGAACAGAGGGCUUUGGAAAUUGAAGUUGAAUCGAUGAACAAGCGAAUCGAGGCCACGGAGAAACGGCCGCAGCAGAUGAUGGCGUUUCUCUACAAGAUUAUUGAGAAUCCUGAGAUUMUUCCGAGGAUGAUCCUGCAGAACCGCCGUAUUCGGCAGCAGAGUGUGUCCGAGUCCGAUCUACUCGAACCCGACACAUCCGACUUCAAAUCCGACCAAGGUAACCGCCCGUCGGAAUCUAAACCUAUAAAUAGAGGGCUUCGUUUCACCAAUUUCUCCUCGAACCUAAUAUUGAGUCCAAGCUGCUUACUGACUUCAGCGUCGGAGAUUUUGCCAUCUUGUGCAGGUCUUCCAUUAACAUUUCGGGUCAGAACAAGGAUCGAGUUCGAGAUAGAUUGA